UGUUGGUGCUCUAAGAGUGGGUUGUAUCAACGCCUACUUGAGAGAAAUGUGAUGCCCAAGACUCUGGACGGCCAGGUAACCAUGGAGAAGACACCGAGUUACUUUGUGACAAAUGAGGCUCCCAAGCGCAUCCACGCCAUGGCCAAGGAUAUCAAACUGAUCGUGGUGGUGAGGAACCCCGUGACCAGGGCCAUCUCUGACUAUACCCAGACGCUGUCAAAGAAACCCGAGAUCCCCACCUUCGAGGUGCUGGCCUUCAAAAACCGGACCCUAGGGCUGAUCGACGCCUCCUGGAGUGCCAUUCGAAUAGGGAUCUAUGCUCUGCACCUGGAAAACUGGCUCCAGUAUUUCCCCCUCUCCCAAAUCCUCUUUGUCAGUGGUGAGCGACUCAUAGUGGACCCUGCCGGGGAAAUGGCCAAAGUACAGGAUUUUCUAGGCCUCAAGCGUGUCGUGACUGAAAAACAUUUCUAUUUCAACAAAACCAAGGGGUUCCCUUGUCUAAAGAAGCCAGAAGACAGCAGUGCCCCAAGAUGCUUAGGCAAGAGCAAAGGUCGGACUCAUCCCCGCAUCGACCCCGAUGUGAUCCACAGACUGCAGAAAUUCUACAAGCCCUUCAACAUGAUGUUUUACCAAAUGACUGGUCAAGAUUUCCAGUGGGAACGGGAAGAGGGUGACAAAUGAGGUUAGAGAAGCAGAGGGAAGGCUAGUGAAUAGCUAAGGAGGCUCCUUAGCUGAGUCCUGAAAUCCCCCCCCACUGGGGUCUGUGGCCUCAGCCUCGCUGGAGUGCCAAGUAGACCCCCUCCUUUGUCCAGCUGGGAUUGCUUCCAGCACUGUAGGCUUAGGCAAAGGGAUGGAUCCCAUGGCAUCCUCAUGGAGGCAUUGGGUUUGCCGGGGCAGCAGCAUCUGGUUGACCAGAUGGCUACCAGGAGCCACUGCUAAUUCUUGUCUUCUGCUAAUUAAUAGAGUCUAAAGACAGGAUAAAUAGCUGUCAAGGUCAGAGACCGUGCCAGGAAUGUUUCUUUAAGUGAUUAAAAAAAAAGAGGAAGGAAGGUCUACUUUGGCCACUUUAGAAGCCUGAGUCCUAACCCUGCAUCUGGCACAGCCCUCUGCUGUACAAACCUUUGCUUUGGCAUCUCUCCAGAAUUCUACUUGUGGCUGAGUACUCCAGGACUCCUAGGGAGCAAGGUCCUUUCUCUGAGGUGUCUCUAGCCUUCUCCUUAAAGGUCUCAUCCCACAACCCUUUGACAUCCCCUCUCCUCACCUUAUGAAGGCAGAGGCAUGCACGUUCCUCACGAGAAAACAAAAAAACACAAAAAUAAAAGCUGACACCCUUGGAAGCCUUCUUUCUGAGAGCCCUCCAAGGAGGGUCCUGGGCUGUGGUGAAGCUUAGCAUAGGCCCUCGUGAUAGAAUCAGGCCUGCAUGGCUGUUCUCGGAGCCGUAUGAUUGCCUUUGAGUUCCGAGCCCUGAGGCUGGUAAAGAUAAAUGUUAUUUCUGGGGGUGAAAAAAGAAGGCCAUAUCUUUUGGUGGGAGGUCUCCAUACGUGAAGACCCUUAGCACCACAGUUCUGAGGAAUGCUUUCAGGACGGGCUUUGUCCCUUGGGGUCCUUAGACGGGCAAGGACCAGAUAGUUGGCAUGUCUUCCAUUAUGAGUAAUCCUGAGCAACACAACCAACAGGGGAUCAGUCACCAUUCUUGUUUGCCCCACCAUGUCCUCCUCAUGGUCAUCUGAUGCUUCACUUACAAUCUUCACAUAUGGCACAUUGGGGCAGGGACAGACCCUCCAUCUAUGGUGGGUCUUCAGAUCCAGUCUGCGGAUGUGGGGGAGGGCAAGGGCUGUCUGUGGACACCCCUAUCAAGGGCUGCUGAACGAAGUGUCCCUUCCCUUUACUCUGAUUUGAUUAAAAGGCCGCGUUUGACGCCAAGCACUUGUUCACAGAUCUCCAAAACCAGGAACUGUUCUAGUAAAUUUGGAAAUAUGUAUGAGUGGGGGGAGCUAAGUCUGUUCACCUGUUAUUAAACUCAUUUCUCCCGCUAAAUGAAAAUUGUGUUGUUAUAAAGCUUAAUGCAACCUGA